AAAUAAAAUAAAAUAAAUAAAUAAAAACAUCUAGAGAGAUAAAAAAAAUUUUUAAGAAAAUGAAAAAUAUUUCAAUCUUUCUAGUUGUUUUGGCUUUUUGCAUGAUUGUGAAUAUGGAGCAUGUCAACUCCGCCAACCCAUUUAAAGGGAAAAAGACGACGUUGACAUUCAGAAACAGUCUUUCACACAACAAAUGGCUCAAGGUUCGCUGCAAAUCUGGAGACGGCGAUGUUCGUGAAAAAUACAUGCCACCUAACGGCCAAGAUUAUAGCUUUAGUUUCAACGAUAGAGUUUUCGGACACACACUUUUCUGGUGUACGUUGUCAAAAGGAGCUGAUUAUAAGGUACAUAAGAAGUUCGAUGCCUAUAUCCAAGACAGUAGAAUGCCUCACGGAACCUUCUAUAAUUACGUUGCUCAAGACGAUGGGAUCUAUCACAGUACUCUGCUAACACGUAUCCAUAAGAUGUACAAUUGGAACUAAUUAUGGACCUAUUUUAUCCAAUCUUUCAAAAAGCUUAUUCUUCAAAUCACUGAUUUGAUCAUACUUGUAUAAUAAUCUAUAUUAUAAUUUUGUUUCAUGUAAAAAGUCACUCUUUUCUUUUCUUAUGAUAAAAGCAAAGAGAGAUCAAUUUCAUAAUGAUUCAAAGAAAAACAAAUUUAUUUUUUUGUUUCUCUUUAACCUUUACUCCA